ACAUGGCGUUUGUCGUCUGCGGAACUAUUUUUCAUUUCUAUGUGUCCCAAAUAAUGUUUAUUUAUAAUGUACGCGAGUUAAUUAUGCCAGUGCUGAUUUCGGCGUGAAGUUGUGCGGUCUGGGCACAUUCAGAUAUGUUCAACAUAAACAAACUAUGUCUGUUUUCCUGUCUGUGCGUUAUUGUUGUUAUUGUCCUCUAUUUUCAAUCAGAAAUCGCACGUUUAGAAGACAAUUAUAGGAAACUGGAGUUUAGGUUGGUGCAAACUCAUUCGGAAUCUCGCCAGUUUUUCCCAAAACCUUUAGAAAAAAAUGACGAUGAUACGGUAGUGAUAUACAAUAGGGUCCCGAAGACGGGAUCGACGAGUUUCGUGGGUGUAGCGUACGAUUUAUGUAAGAAGAACAACUUUAAGGUGUUACAUAUCAACAUAACGGCCAAUCGACAUAUCAUGUCCCUCAAUAAUCAGUAUAAGUUCGCGCAGAAUGUUACUAAGUGGGAUGAGGUAAAGCCGGCACUCUACCAUGGUCAUAUGGCUUUUCUAAACUUUGAUCGGUUGGGUGCUUCCUCAAAACCUAUAUUUAUAAACUUAAUUAGGAGACCCCUAGACAGACUAGUGUCUUACUACUAUUUCUUAAGGAACGGUGAUAAUUAUAGACCACAUUUGGUUCGGAAAAAACAUGGUGACAAAAUGACGUUCGACGAAUGCGUCGAGAGAGGGCAGCCGGAUUGCGACCCUAAUAACAUGUGGCUACAAGUGCCAUUUUUCUGUGGGCACGCCGCCGAGUGCUGGGAACCCGGCAACCAAUGGGCGUUAGACGAAGCGAAACGCAAUCUAGUCAAUCACUACUUACUGGUAGGUGUUACAGAACAGAUGCUCGACUUUAUCACAGUGCUAGAGGCUACCUUACCUCGCUUCUUCAAAGGAGCGACAGAAUACUACCUAAACAGCAACAAAUCACAUCUUCGACAAACCAGCUCAAAAAUAGACCCUAAUCUCCUAACAAUAGAGAAGAUACAGCAAUCAGCUGUUUGGAAAAUGGAAAAUGAAUUAUACGAAUUUGCCCUAGAACAUUUUAACUUCGUUAAAAGAAAGUUACUAGUGAAAGAAGCGAAUAAUGUAGCUCAAAUAUACUUCUAUGAGAAGAUACGGCCUAAAUGAGUGAGUUUUUUAUAUGAUUUUUUAUUUUGUACUCUCUUGUUGUAAGAAUAUGGGCUAUAUUACCGUUUUGAGGUAUGUUUUUUUUUUUGUUUUCGUCUCGAAAUGUGGGUGUUUAUUUGGUGUUUAAGGCUGUUUUAAAGGUGGAAGUCAUUUUAAAGGAGAAUGAUUGGUCUGACUGAGAUUUGUCCUCAAACCCUAAUAAAAAAUGCACAAAAUAUACUUAAUUUCUUAUCGAAUUCAUGUCUUACAUACGUCUUUUAACCUCUUUUCUGUCGAUAUAUAAGACACAAUAAGACACAAUAAGACACAAUUGUGUCUCGCGAAGAUCUACGUUCCGACCUACUAGAGGUUAAGUUAAUUGGCCGAUUCGUAUAAGAAUACAACUUACGAUACCUUUUAAAAAUCACUUCCAACUUUAAAGUAGACCCUUAUACAUUCAGUAUGAAGUUUUUAGUAAAUAAUAGUCUUACUGUUAUUAUACAUAAUAUUUAUGCCUCAUAAUAUAUACUUUAUGUAUAUGUUAACUGGCGAAUAAUCGAGCUCAUAUUACGUGCACAUCUGCCUAAUAAAUAGGCAAUAUACGGCAAGAGCCCGUAUACUCUUGACUUUUAUUAUUUUAUGAAAGGCGAGAGUUUCUCAACACAUUCUUUCAACACUGAUAAGAACGUUCAUUACAAAGUUUGGACUAUUGUGACUUUGGUACGUAAACACUUAUUCGUGGUAACAGGUUAAGUAGAUGUUAGGUAUGACUUGAUGAAUUGUUAUCGGUAUCCUACACAUUUAAUACUGUUUACUUGUCAAAGCAACAAUAAUCCUAAAACUUGUCGCGGAGAACCUAACGGGUAACCGGGGCUCCGGCUCGACGUGCAGGAGAA